AAACAACAUUUAAAAUCGCCCCAAGUGCGGUGCGUAGAGCUUUAAUUGUCGGCUGUGUGCUCGGAAGCUCAGACUGAAUAGAUUCACUAAACCUUUCCUUGAGAUUGCUGGAAAAACUUGUUGCGAUUUAGGCCAGUUGUAAAUAAGUCGUGUGACUAUACGCAUCAAAAACCGGUGUAUAUUAAGAAGUGGAGGACCCAAUUACACCGACAUCCUCAAAAUGGUGAUGACCGAGGUCCUUUUCCUGGUGGUCGCCGCACUGGUGGCGAUCUACUCGUGGUUCCAGCGCAACCACAGCUACUGGCAGCGAAAGGGCAUACCGUAUGUCCCGCCCACCCCAAUCAUAGGAAACACGAAGGUGGUCUUCAAGAUGGAGAACUCCUUUGGCAUGCACAUCUCGGAGAUAUACAACGAUCCUCGGCUGAAGGACGAGGCUGUGGUGGGGAUCUACUCGCUGAACAAGCCCGGCUUGAUUAUUCGCGACAUAGAACUGAUCAAAUCCAUUCUGAUCAAGGAUUUCAAUCGUUUCCACAACCGUUACGGCCGCGCCGAUCCCCACCGCGAUCCCUUGGGCUAUAAUAACCUAUUCUUCGUCCGGGAUGCCCAUUGGAAGGAAAUUCGCACCAAGCUCACUCCCGUAUUCACCAGCGGAAAGGUUAAGCAGAUGUACACCUUGAUGCAAGAGAUUGGAAACGAUCUGGAGCUGGCACUGAAGAGACAUAGCGAAAAGAGCUCAGGGAAGUUCAUAACGGAGAUUAAGGAGAUCUGCGCCCAGUUCUCCACGGACAGCAUAGCCACCAUUGCAUUCGGAAUCCGUGCGAACAGCCUGGAGAAUCCCAACGCAGAGUUCCGUAACUACGGACGCGAGUUGUUUGCCUUCACCAUAUCCCGUGCCAAGGACUUCUUUGUGGUCUUCUUCCUGCCCAAGCUGGUAUCGCUGCUACGCAUCCAGAUCUUCACGCAGGACUUUUCCCACUUCUUGCGCAGCACCAUUGGUCACGUCAUGAAGGAGCGAGAGCAAACAGGAGAGCUCCGUAAUGAUCUCAUAGAUGUUUUGGUGGCUUUGCGAAAGGAGGCGGCUGCCGAGCCUUCGAAGCCACACUAUGCCAGGAAUCAGGACUUCCUGGUGGCCCAGGCUGGCGUGUUCUUCUCGGCGGGAUUCGAGACCUCCUCCUCGACGAUGUCCUUUGCUCUGUACGAGCUGGCCAAGCAUCCCGAGAUGCAGCAUCGCCUGCGCAAGGAGAUCAAUGAAGCCUUGCUGGAGGGCGGCGGGUCAUUGACCUACGAGAAGAUCCAGUCCCUGGAGUAUUUGGCCAUGGUGGUGGACGAGGUGCUGCGCAUGUAUCCGGUGCUGCCGUUCCUGGACCGCGAGUACGAGAGUGUGCAGGGACAGCCGGAUUUGAACCUAAAGCCAUUCUACGAUUAUACCUUUGAGAAUGGAACCCCUGUGUUUAUACCAAUCUACGCAUUACAUCAUGAUCCAAAGUACUGGACCAAUCCUAGUCAAUUCGAUCCGGAGCGCUUCUCAGCCGCGAACCGCAAGUCCAUAGUGGCCAUGGCAUAUCAACCCUUCGGAUCCGGACCACACAAUUGCAUUGGCAGCCGGAUUGGCCUGCUCCAGAGCAAACUGGGACUGGUUAGCCUGCUGAAAAAUCACUCGGUGAGGAACUGCGGGGCCACCAUGAAGCAUAUGAAAUUCGAUUCCAAGGGUUUCGUGCUCCAGGCUGACGGCGGCAUCCAUUUGGAGAUAGUCAACGAUCGCCUCUACGAGGAGAGCGCCCCAUCCGUCCCAAACCCGAAACACGCGACUCUGUUGCUUAGUUUCCAUUCAGUUGUGGUAGGCUUCAUAGGUUCCCUCCCAAGAAAGAAAUAUCGAAAAUAUCCAAAGUAUCCGAAAUAUCCAAGCUAUCCAGACACCAUGCUGCUCAUCUGGCUGCUCUUGCUCACCAUUGUGUCGCUAAACUUUUGGUUGAGACACAAGUACGACUACUUUAGGAGCCGCGGGAUUCCAUUCUUGGCACCCUCCUUCUGGUCGCCAAUGGGCAAUCUGGGACAACUUCUAUUCCUGCGUAUUUCCUUCGGCGAUCUCUUUCGGCAGCUCUACGCAGAUCCCCAAAAUGGUGAGGCGAAGAUCGUGGGCUUCUUCAUCUUUCAAACGCCAGCCCUUAUGGUGCGAGAUCCGGAGCUGAUACGCCAGGUGUUGAUUAAGAAUUUCAACCACUUCCUUAACCGAUUCGAAUCGGCGGACGCUGGUGAUCCCAUGGGCGCACUGACGCUCCCGCUGGCUAAGUACCACCACUGGAAAGAGAGUCGGCAGUGCAUGUCCCAGCUCUUCACCAGCGGCCGUAUGCGGGAUGUAAUGUAUCGCCAAAUGUUGGAUGUGGCUAUGGACCUGGAGAAUUACCUCCAUAGGAAGCUGGGGGAUCGGCUGGAGCGCGUUCUCCCAUUGGGAAGAAUGUGCCAGUUGUAUACCACCGACGUGACGGGUAAUCUCUUCUAUAGCCUAAAUGUCGGCGGAUUGCGUCGUGGGCGGUCUGAGCUGCUUACGAAAACGAAGGAACUAUUUAACACCAAUCCCCGCAAGGUUCUGGACUUCAUGAGUGUAUUCUUUCUGCCAAAGUGGACGAAUCUGCUUAAGCCUAAAGUUUUUACCGAAGACUAUGCGCGCUAUAUGAGGCACUUGGUGGAGGAUCACCACGAGCCCUCGAAGGGAGAUCUCAUCAAUCAAUUGCAGCACUUUCAGUUAAGCCGCUCAUCCAGCCACUAUUCCCAACAUCCGGAUUUUGUAGCCUCCCAGGCAGGCAUUAUUCUGCUGGCCGGAUUUGAAACCUCCUCGGCCCUGAUGGGAUUCACCCUCUAUGAGCUGGCCAAGGCACCGGAUAUUCAAGACCGACUGAGGAGGGAGCUAAGGGACGCCUUCAUCUCUUGUGCCACCCUAAGCUAUGAUGCAUUGAUGGAUCUACCCUACCUCAAAAUGGUGUGCUUAGAGGCACUGCGUCUCUAUCCGGCUGCAGCCUUCGUCAACAGGGAGUGCACCAGUCCGGCAUCCGAGGGAUUCUCUCUGCAGCCGCAUGUGAAUUUCGUAGUGCCACCAGGGAUGCCAGCAUACAUCUCGAUUCUUGGCCUCCAUCGUGAUGAAAGGUAUUGGCCGGAACCCGACCUCUUUAAUCCCGAGCGAUUCGCUCCAGAGCGGUCUAGGUACAUUCACCCGAUGACCUACAUACCAUUUGGAGCUGGUCCACAUGGCUGUAUUGGUAGUCGUCUGGGCGUCCUCCAACUGAAACUGGGUAUAGCUCACAUUUUAAAACAAUAUUGGGUUGAGGCAUGCGAGCGAACAGUGUCGGAGAUUCGCUUUAAUCCAAAGUCCUUCAUGUUGGAGUCUCAGAAUGAGAUUUACUUAAGAUUCUGCAGGAGCAGUUUGUAGUUAUAAGUACCCAAAAACGAUCGGCUGUGAGUUAAGCGCUGGGAUAUCUAAAUACAUUAGUUCCUAUAAUCUAAAAAGAAACUUAAGCUCCUAUAAAAUUCAAUUCAAAACGAAACCGAAAGUAUGUAUGAUAGUAUAAUUAAGGUUGCCCAGACUACCGCUUCAAUGAAUCACAAUAUAUAGUUAUCUGCAUGCCAAUUA